GCAGAGAGAGAGAGAGGCAAAGGCAGUAAAAAACGAGUAGGAAGGAAAUGGCGUGGUGGUUGAGGUUGGCAGUGUUGAUGAUGGUUGGAAGCCAUUGGGCAUGGGGGCAGUGCGAGACGAGUAUCCCCAAGCUCAUAUCCCAAUGCGGGCAAUACGUAGAAGGAUCAGGGCCGGAAACGACUCCAUCCAAGGCUUGCUGUGAUGUGAUAACAAGUCUGGAUAUUCCAUGCAUGUGCAAGUACGUGACACCAGAUGUUGAGAAGCUUGUGAACAUGGAAAAAGUUGUGUUUGUUGCUAAAUCCUGUGGAUUGACACUUCAACCCGGAAUGAAAUGCGGAAGCUUCGUGGUUCCGCCAUCUGUUUGAGGAGAAGAGCUGCUGAGAUGAUGAUGAUGAUUUCAGAAUCUGAGAGAUGUCAACUUUAUGUAUUAAAUAAUUAUUAAUAAGAUUUGUGGUUAUUUUCCAUA